UUCCAAUAUUCCAUAGAGUUCCUUGAAUCUCGCGGUUUUGAUUCCGGCAAACAUUUAAAAAUUCAAUUUAUGGACCGUGAACGGUCUCAGCCGUCAAGUAAUUGACACAGCAAAGAAAAAAAAAUCAAUUUUCUUAUUAAUUAUUAGGAAACAAAAUGUUGAAGACAGUGAAGAUUCUGCUAAAGCAACGUGUACUUUAUUCAACAACACCCAGAGCAACAGCUACUAGACAAGCACCAAUAAUUACCUGCAAACGGGCCAAAUACAAUUUGUUCACAUCGGAUUAUCCUGCUGGCGCUAAUGGUAAUCUGAAGUUCGGUGAUCUUGAACUAGCCUCGAAUGGAUGGCGUCAUCAUAAGUCGGCAGGCGAUUUCUUCACCGUACAUCCCAUUCAGCGACCGUUUGAGGCUCACGCUUUAAGUGAUGUACCAUUUCAGCAGUUGGGCAUUCGGAACGAGCUGGUUAUGAAUUUGAAGAAACGACACGCUUUGUUUCCUACCGUCUAUCAAGCAGAAGGUAUAUCAGCGGUUCUUAAUGGAGAACAUAUUCUCUUGGCUGCAGAAACAGGAUGUGGUAAAACUUACACUUAUGUCGUUCCCAUACUCGAACAAAUCAUGCAGAGAAAGCUGCAUGGCAGACAGAAACAUUUGAAUUCUCCGUUGGUUUUGAUCUUGACUCCUGGGAGAGAAUUGGCACAACAAAUAGGACGAGUGAUUGAGGAGUUAACCGAAGGAACGGGUAUUAGUUCGAGAAUUUUGCUCGGCGGUCGUACCAAGCAACAGAUGUUAAAUCCGCAUUUCGAGGAAGUCGAUAUUCUGGUUUCCAGUUUUGGAGUAAUCAGUAAACUUGUGACCAGUGGCAUCUACAAAACGGAUGAGGUUCGAUGGGUGGUGUUAGACGAAGCGGAUACUCUAUUGGACGAUAGUUUCAAUUCGAAAUUACUUCAUUUUAUGAAACGAUUUCCGUUUCACAAGAACCAUUUGCAAGACCUUGGCGAUAACAUUCAAGGAACACAAUUGAUUUUAGCUGCGGCUACGAUGCCUUCUAACAUGGCGGAACUGCUUGGUCAAUUGGUUAAUGUGGAAACUAUGGAAGAAGUUGUUAGCCCCAAUCUGCACAGAUUAUUAUCCCAUGUUUCGCAACGUUUUCUUCGAGUAAAAAAAUCUUACAAACCGAACCUACUACUGGACCUGGUUCGAAAAGAUAUUAAGCGACAGCGGCCCGUAAUAAUAUUUAGCAACAAAACGCCAGCUUGUGAUUUCGUGUCCAUCCACCUGAACGAAGCUAAAGUGCCUUGCGUCAACCUUAACGGAGAUAUGCUUCUCAAGCUACGGUUGGGUCAGUUCGAAAAGUUCCAACAGGGAGAAUUUAACGUUCUCUCCACAACGGAUGUGGCCAGUCGCGGUUUGGAUACAACCCGAGCCGCUCACGUUAUCAACUUUGAUUUCCCCCUGUAUGCCGCGGACUACAUCCAUCGUGUCGGGCGAAUCGGACGCAUUGGAAGCCGGGGCGACUGCUUAGUAACAAACUUGGUUUCGAGUCAGGCCGAAAUCGGUGCGGUACAACGUGUAGAACAUUCAGCUAGAACCGACAGUCCACUGGCCAACGUGGAUGCAAACGUGAAAGGUAUCAUUCGAAGAAGGAUCAAGCGUAGUUUAGGGAUUGUAUAGUGUUGGGGUGAAUGGAAUGUUUUAAUAAAUAUUAUAUGAAUAAGAAA